GAGAGAGAGAGAGAGAGGUGACUGUAGAGUGAUGGGACCCGGCUGAGGAACAGCAGCGAGUGAUCCUCUCCGAGCUGCUAAUGACAGGUUCUAUAUUUUGUUUUGGCAAAGCAAAUAGAAUAUCUGUCUCCUCAGACAAAAGGCAGACCGAUGUGAAGGAUGACUUCAUGCUCAGAGAUCUGUGGGUCAGACUACGGUGAGCACGUUCAAGCCAGUGGAAACUGCCAGCAGUAUGGAGUCCGCUCAUAUCUACAUCAGUUUUAUGAGGAGUGCACGGCUUCUAUCUGGGAACGUGAUGAAGAUUUUCAGAUUCAGAGAUCGCCUAGCAGGUGGAGCUCUUUACUCUGGAAGGUCUGUCUCGCGUUCGGCACCCUGAUCUUGCUUGCAGGCCUCAUUGUUGUUUUGGUGGGUUACGCUACUCCAACCAGGAUCGAAGCAUUUGGUGAAGAUGAUCUCCUUUUUGUUGACGGCCACGCUGUCAGUUUCAACCGAGCGUUGGACGUCUGUAAGUUGACCGGAGCUGUGCUGUUCUGUGUGGGAGGAACCUCCAUGGCUGUGGGCCUCCUGCUGUCUGCCUUUGCCAAAAGCUACUCCAAAGAAGAAUUGUAUCUGCAGCAGAAGUUUAAGGAGAGGUUGGCAGAUCUGCAGGCAACAGUUGGUUCCCCAAUAAUGAGAGCACCGACCCCCGGGGAGGGAAAGGUGCCCGUCACUCUCUCCAAAGUGCAGAACAUCCAGCCAGUGACCACAAAGUCAGAGACCUGAUCAAUGCCCGGAUGAAGGCGUAUAGUGAAGUGUGUACGAGGACUGACUGGUGUAUAGGAAUGUGUGUGAGAGUGUGUGUGUGAAUCUAUGUGGGCGGUUUCUCUUGUUGAAAGGUCAGCUUACAUGACUUGGAGUAUAUUAGUUCCAUCUUUAUUUGGUGUGUUUGACAUUAAAGUUUGAUUUUAAUGUAGAGGAACAAAGCUUUUGUUGUCAUCGGGGGUUUAAAACUCACAACAAUGCAACAGAGCACAUCUUCACUCUCACGCAGAAACAAAUUAGCAGAACCCAUCCACAGAACAACAGCAUUGUAGUUUCCACGGGGCUGUUGUUGUGUCGAGAGGAUUCACGUUUUUGUGAAGAACGAUGGUGUUACUGCUGGAGGGUGUAGAGCAGAAGAUGCAGUGUUGUUUGAAGUUGUUCAUGUUUGGCCCUUAUUCCCAGAACUGAUCAAAAAUAUCACUGAACACAACAAUCAUUAUCUCAGCCUGGCGAACAUCAGAGGGUCGGUGUUUGUAUGUACAGAAUACUUAGUCGUGUACUUGUAUAUUCAGCUCAAGUGUUCAUCCAAAGACUCACACUGAGAUAGUAGAUAAUAGUUUUAGCCUAGAGAUGCUUCUUUUUUGUCCAGUUUACUUGUGACAACAACUCAAGAGUCUUAACAGAAGCUUUGCUGAAGGUUCACAGCGUCAGAACAGAUUACGACACCUUAAGGUCAGAUUUCACUCUGAUGUUUUCUGCUGUCUUAUUGGACUCAGAGCUUGUUUUUCUCACCAGGCAGGAUCAAUAUAUGAGCUCAGACAGGCUGCAGGAAGGGACACUGCACCAGACAGAACAUUCGGAACAGGAGAGUCUGUUGAACGACCUUCUAGAUCUGAUAAACUAGGCGUUUAUUGUGUAAACAUGUAUGUAUAUCUAUACAUGAAAGCAUAGAUAUUUUGCAGCAUUUUGAAUCCAGAUAUUGUAAGCUACCACUCAUGAGAUGGAGCUACUCAGGCGAAGGGUGCAUCAAGAGAGACAAGCAACGUGACAGACAGGUUAUGUAACGGAUGACGAGACACAUUCAGCUCUCCAAUGAGACAUCAGCAGCAUCAUGUUUGACAGCACUAGUGUCUUGUCUUUUAAGAUUUAAAGAUGCUUUAAUAACUGCCUUCCUGCUCUCACUCACAAAACUUGAAAUUACAUAGGUUGUGUGAUACUACUGCAGCAAUUAGUAUUUGCUUAUGAACUGUAUUUGAAACAGAUGUUACAUUAAGAAGGUUUUUAUGUUGUUUUAUACAGAUUUUGCAUUCACACUUACUGUAACUUACAAGCACAAUAAGCUGUUAUUGGUCAUUUGUUGCUGCUUUUUAAACUCUGUGUUAUAGAUAUAUUUUAAGAUAUUGUCAUUAUGCCUCUUUAAGUUAGGUUUGUUAUUGUUGUAAGUUUGGAUUCACUUAUUUUGACUGUACUUGGAUAGAACACGGUUACAGUGGUAGUUAUUGUUCAAGUGCCAUCAAGCUACAAGCCUCCUACUGUGCAUUAAAGCUGCAUUAAGUCUCAUCUUCAAAUCGGCACAGAAAAAAAAAACUCCUGUAAACAAUGUUGUAGUGGUAUCUCGGCUGUAUAUGUUCAUGUAAGUUGACCUUUUAUAGUCACAUCCACAAUCUCCACUCGUCUGUCUUUCUGCUUUUACUUUUCUUCAUAUUCUUUGAUGCCAUUUUAACACACAUGGUCUCAAAUGCAACACAGAGACGUAGCUAUAACUAUUAAAGACAAUGUAUUAAUAAACAGGACAUUUUAAAGGAAGUUACUGAACCACUCAGCUGCAAACAUAGAGUGCAGGAUGAGAACUCUAUUUGGGUUAGAACUUUAGGAAGCGAUCAGCUGUAGUUUCAUGCCGUUUCAUGCUGCAUUACAAUCUGAAAUCCACAAUGGAUGUUUUAUUUUCUGUCCUGAAUAGAACUUUAAAUGUCUCCUGAUGUGACAGUGGAUUCUCCCAGUAAAUGAAAAGAGUAUAUUGUACUGUAAUUGCAGAUCAGAUUGGUACAGAACAAAUAUAUGCCAAUCAGCCACAACAUUAAACCACAUGAAUUAUGUUGUGUAGGUUAAUUAAAAAAGAUCUGACCCAUCACGCCAUAAACAUGGGGACCUCUGGAGAUACUUUGGGUCCUGAGGAUUCUGUUUUGGGGUCUUCAUGGAUCAGGCUUGUUCUACUGCAUCCCACAGAUACUUGAUCUGAUUAAGAUUUGAAGAGUUUGGAAGCCAAUUCAACACUUUUGGCCGUUUGUUUUCCAGACCACUCCAGAGCAGUUUUUGUGGUGUGCUGGUUGCAUUGUCCUGCUUGAGUUGCUUGUGCUUUGUCUGCAACGACGUUUAAGUAGCUGGAACGUGUCAAAGUGAAAUCCACACAAACGCCAGAACCCCAGGUUUCCCAGCAGAACAUUGCAUUGCGACAAGAUGAGCAACGCUGUUCAUUUCACCUGUCAGUGGUUUUAAUGUUGUGGCAGAUCGGCGUAGCUGAAUGUCAAUGAACAGUAUAUCUAUUUUUCAAAGAACACAAUAAAACUGAAAUAUCCGCGGCUCA